AUGCUGCAGAGACGGAGCCAGGCACUGGUGCUGUGUGUGAGCAUCAGCUUCAGCAUCUCUGAGCUGUGGAGCCUUCAUAGCCCCAAGGCCCUGGUGAUGGGGGCGGAGCAGUGCCAGGAGUUGGUGCAGAACUGGAGCACAGGGACCCUCCCCCCCAGGCCGGACCAGGACUGGAUCUUGAGGCAGUUGAAGCUACAGGGCUACCCCUGGACGCAUAACGCCAGUGCCCUGGGCCAGUACAGGGAACAGCUGGGAGGCUGCUGUAAUGCUUCAGCUGACCUGGUACUGACCCAGAACAACACCCAGAACGGCUCCCAGAUCGUCUACGAUGGAGAACCGGCCAAGAAGUAUCUGGUGGAUGAGAAGCUGCUGGAGAUGCUGCCGCAGGUCUCCCCGUUUCAGGAUGCCCCAUACAACAGCUGUGCCGUGGUGGGAGGCGGGGGGAUCCUUCAAAACAGCAGCUGUGGCCCCGAGAUCGACCGCGCCCAGUUCGUCAUCAGGAUCAACCCCCCAUGGGGCUUCCCCCCCAUGAACUUUUCUGACGACGUGGGCAACAAAUCGAACAUUGUCACCAUGAACCCCAGUGUCCUGCGCGACCGGUUCGGGAGUCUGAUCAACCAGCACCGUCACUUUGCAGAGGUGGUGGGUGCCUACGGGGCCCCGCUGCUCCUCAUCCCGGCCUUCAGCUUCGCCGGCGACAGUAAUGUCUCAUUCCAAGCACUCUACAUCCUGAAGAACUUCAGCUCCCCGGUCCGCACCUUCUUCAUGAACCCCAAGUACCUGGCGGGGCUGGAUGGGCACUGGCGUUGCCGUGGCCUGUGUGCCAAACGCCUUUCCUCGGGCUUCAUGCUGUUGAACGCCGCCCUGGAGCUGUGCCAGCACCUCACCCUCUACGGCUUCUGGCCCUUCCCCACGGACCCCGAGGGGCGGCCCCUGCCCUACCACUACUAUGACAAACAGACCCCCAAGCCGGGCGUUCACACCAUGAACGACGAGUUCACCCGCUACCUGGGCAUGCACCUGCAGGGCGCGCUGCGGCUGCAUCUGGGGCGCUGCCAGGAGGGCCCGGCCGGCGGCCGCGCACAACAAGGCUCGGAGGGGGGGGGGUCUGAAAUGAGCCCCCCGGCCCCUCAAUUCCACCUGACUCCUUCCCCAGGUACCAAAGGAGGAAAAUAG